GUUUGCUUUGAAGUGAAUGAAAAUCAUGAGCUAUUUGAUACUCAGUGGAAACUCCCCUUACAUCUAACUGGGUUUGAGAAGGGGCAUGGCUGAUAGUUAGUUGCCACGUCCCUUUAAUACGAACGAGAUGCCUGACACCGAGGGAGUCCGAGAGGGAGGCCCCAGCAUCCUGCGGUGGGACGGCCCCGUCCCCCUCCCCCCGAUCCCGGACACGAACUACGCCGACUUCGUGCUCAACAUCAUGCUGCAGCACGGAGAGAAGCUGGCGCUGGUCGACGCUAGGACAGGGAAGUAUCACACGUACGGGGACGUCUGCCGAGCCGUCCCGAGGAUCAAGGCGGGCAUGGCGGACGCGGGCGUGAGGAUGGGAGACGUCCUGCUGCUGGUGACGCCCAACCACAUCGACUUCCCCCUCGUCCUCCUGGCCACGGUGCUGGCUGGCGCCGUCUGCGUCCCGGUCAGCCCGACGCUCGAGCCAGACGAAGUGGCGUACGUCGCCCGGACGAGCGGCGCGCGGUGGGCGGUGGCGCACGAGACGCUGGCGCCCGCCGUGACCGAGGCGUUCAGCCAACUGCCCCCGGGCACUCUCCGGCAGCUGUGGGUGCUGGGCAGCGCCCCUCGCCUGCCCUCGCUCACGAGCCUCCUGCGUGCCAGCCCCUCUUCUGACGCCCAUGCACAGGAGAUCGCCGACCCGAAGACGACCGUGGCAAUGAUGCUGUUUUCGUCGGGCACGACGGGGCCUCCCAAGGGCGUCAUGCUGUCUCACCGCAACCUCCUGACGUCACUCCUGCAGAACAAGUAUGGGUCUCGUCAUGAUUUGGAAUGA